AUGGACCAAUACCAAUGCCCUGUCUGCUAUGAGAACUGCUGCUACAAUCCAGAGAAGAAGUUGUACUACUCUGACGUGUGUUCGCACCGGCUCUGUGACUCCUGCAUUCAGUUGCAGUUUGCUGAUGCGCCUGUUGGGGUGGCUGCAAGCGCCAAAGGUUCCUGUCCCGUAUGCCGUCGGGCACUCACUCGGGGGAAUUACGUGCUAACCGAGCCAGAAGUGGAUCUCUUUAGUGUAGAGAAGGAAGUCAGAAAGCGUGUCAACAACGCCUUGAACGCCCUUCGGGACAACUUCGACAGCACCCCCGCCUACAAUGAUUAUUUAGAAGACAAAGAAGAGACCAUUUACGAGUUGGUCUAUGGCACGGACGAUCAGCUGAAGCGAAGGCUCGAGAACCGAUUGCGAGACAUUGAGGGCCAUGGACGUACUCAGUCGCAGCACCACCAGCAGAAGCAGCAGCAGCAGCAGCAGCAGAAUUCCGACGCACGGGCCGCCCUGAGAGUCAGGAAGAUAAAGGAGAUAGUGAAGAAGGAAGGCAACUUUUACGAAAUCGUCAAAUACAAGCCUUUGGGCAAAAACCUGAAAUUUAACGACGAACCGUACCUACAUGUGCUAGAGCGGCAGUACUCCUCGCUAUUCCAUGGAGACUCCGCCGGGGUUAGCCACUUGACGGCCGCAGCAGGAACUGCAGACUGCGCGCGUCCCAUCGACGCGUCAAUAAGAGAGGACCAACAUAUCCCAAGGAGGCGCUACACCAGUGUGGCUGACUUCGAUGCGGCAGGGGUGGCAGCCGGAUAUGUUCCCGAGCUCGUCAGGGGUCGCGGUAGGCAAGAGCUGUGCGGGAUGUUGCUGCUUUCCAGCCCCAUCAACUGUAGUGCACGUGCUGCCUUAGGCGUUCUGUGUAGUAGCUUCGGUAUUUUCGUUCCAUUGCGAAAGCAUGAGCUAGAACGUGAAGCAGACGGUGAUUCUCCUAAGGUGGGUGCCGCUACGUUAGCAUACGGGUGCCUCCCACCGGCGGGACCCUAG